AUGAAUUUCCACAACGCACAUGUGCUUGAUUCAAGCGUGAGUCAUUACCUUCCAAAGUAUAGACGCCUUCCACCUCACAUGAAGAAUCAACUGGUGCACAGUGACAGGGCAAGCAUAACUGUAGCGAAAGCUUCACUCCGUUAUGUUGCAGCAUGUAUUCUGGUGACAUGCGACGAGCAACACAACGUAUACGUGCAAAAUUUGGUGAUGCUGUGUUGUUACAACUUGCUUGAAGAACGCACACUCGAUGCCAGUAGAUCCAUUUCUGGGCUGAAAGUGAAUAAGGAGAAAGCUGAAAAUGCAUGGUCUCAGCACUGCAAUCCUCAAAAUGCAACUCGUUUCUGGAUUGAAAGGCAAUUCCUUAAGGUCAAGUGGAGCAACAUCAAUAUCGGUAGCGAGAACCAUAAAGAGUGCAGAUGUGCAGAUAAUUCGAACCAAAGCGAUGCCCGUAAUGGUCGACCACCCUUCGUGUUUGAGGACAGGGCCAACCAUCUCCGAAAUGGAGGAUUUCUACUGCAGAUCACCUGGCACGGUAGGAAGCAGAAUGAAAGUGGGCAAACAGCGAACAACAACGAAACUGUUAACACUGAAGCAGGAUUUGAUGAUGCCGGUUUUCUUGACGUACAAGUGGAAGCUGAUGUAAAUAUGCAGCAGAUGCACUCGGAAGAAGGAUUCGUUGAUAUUAAAGUUGGAGCAGAAGUUGGAGCAGAUCCGGUAGGUUGGACAUAG